AUGGAGGCAGUUUCCGCAGCCGCCAGCGUCGCGGGCCUGCUGUCUGUCGCUGGCCAUGUCCUCAAUGGGCUUGUCAAGCUCAAUGCCUUUAUCCAUGACUUGAAGGAAGCGGAUGCGCGUGCGCAACGACUGACGGCAGAAGCCCAUCUACUCUCCCAGACACUAAUUGACUUCAAGUAUCUGCUCAACACGUUGGACGAAAAGGCACUUGAUGAAAGCCGACUUCUUUGGGUUCAGCAAUUUGCCACUUUCUCUUCCCGUCUCGAGGAUUGCGUUCGGGAUUUAGAUACCUGGACCGAAUCGUACCGACCCGGAGAUGGGCCAUCCUCAAAGCGCCAAAAGAUAAUUGAGGGGAUAUCGAACAAGAGAAGCCGGGAGAUUUCGGAAAUGGAGUCUAAGUUGGCGCGUCAUCGGUCGCAGAUUGUUCUUGACAUGAACACCAUCUUCUCCACUUCUAGAGUUAGUAAGGAACAAUUUGCAUUGGAACACCACGAAACUCGGAGUCAACUCUCUAGACUGAGCGACAGUGUAUAA